UGACCACAACAAUUAAACAACUCGUGGUCCCCCUAGUUACUCUCCGCUUCGUCUUCUUCCUCUAAGCUUCUCCUCUCUCGGCGCGGGAGGCAGGCGCAGCAUCGUCGUCGUCGGUCGCCUCGGCUCCGGCCGCCGAAGUCCAGAAUCUCCGCAUCUCGUCGCCGAGCGACCCAGCAAGCCCCCUCGCUUCGCUCUCCGUGGAUCUUCUUCCUCCUCGCGCGAGCGCCGCCGCCGCCCAUCCCGCUGCCGAGCGCCCGAGCCCCCUAGCUCGUCUUCCUCCUCGCUCGAGCGAGCGCCUCCGCCGCAGGUUCAUCUCCCCUUCGCUCCCGACCGUUUCUCCUCCCAUCACCCCCACCAACGGAUCCCGCCCUUUAGAUCCCCGUUUCAUAAUCUUCCCCAAUUCGUAACUGAGGCAAAAAUCAAGGUGCAGAGGACCGUGUUUUUUUCUUUCCGGACAACACCCGAUAUGGCAGCUAACGUCGGGGAAUCCACGAGCAGCAGCGGCGGCGCCGGCGAUGGCGGGGGCAGCUUUGAGUGCAACAUAUGCUUCGAGCUGCCGCAGGAGCCCAUCGUGACGCUCUGCGGGCACCUCUUCUGCUGGCCGUGCCUUUACAAGUGGCUGCACAUCCACUCGCACUCGCCGGAGUGCCCCGUGUGCAAGGCUGUCGUCGAGGAGGACAAGCUCGUCCCGCUCUAUGGCCGUGGCAAGGACCGCGUCGACCCGAGGUCGAAGAACGUCCCUGGGGCUGAAAUUCCCCACCGUCCGACUGGACAGAGGCCUGCCACGGCUCCACAGGCCGAUCCUAACAACCACUUCCCGAACGCCAAUCCCAACCCGUGGUUCAUGGGUGGAGGAGGCGUCCCGCUGGCCAAUGCUCGGUGGGGAAAUUACACGUUCUCAGCGGCGUUUGGCGGCCUCUUUCCGCUGCUCAGCUUCCAAGUGCAUGGAUUCCCAGAUGCAACUGCUUAUGGGCAGCCUGCGGGUUUCCCCUAUGGAUAUGGCCAUGGUCAUGGUCAUGGACACGCUUUCCAUGGCGGGCAUGCUGGACACCCCCAUGCUGCUCCUCGGCAGGCACAGCCGGGUCAACAGCAGCAGGCGGAUGUGUACCUCAAGGCGCUGCUCAUCCUGGUUGGCUUUCUUGUGAUCGCAAGCCUCAUCACAUUCUAGGUUUGUUGAUUUUUCAUGUUGUGCCGUGGUCAUAAUAAGAGAAACAAUUGUUGUGAUACUCCCGAUGUUUUGUGCAUUAUCUUGCCUCCAUACAAAGCCCUUAUCUAAGUCGAGUGGUGUGUUUUAGCGAAGUGUUCAUAGAACUCCUGUAUAUAUGCUACUAUUUAGAUGUGGUACUGUUGGGGCAUCCGUGUACUGUAGUUUCAUGUUGUUCCAUGAAUAAUUCGAAAGCUCUGUUUGGAUGAACCUGAACAAGUAUAUCAUGUAUAAUUUUUAUUUGACUGUCAAAGUGGGUGGGCCGUGCAACUCUUUGUA